AAGGUUUAAGCGAGGUUUCAUCCUUCACUCACUCUCUUCAGCUGUUGCUAUCAAUGGCUUCCACAGCAGCCUCCUCAUUCUCUCCAACCCCUCCUCAUGCUCAGAGUCAGGGCUGGAGAAGACCUCCCAAACUCCAUAACCACCACAAGUCCCUCAAAAACCUUCACUUUCUCUUCAGCUCAACCUCCAACUCCAACACCCUCUUCUUCAAGCCCUCACUCUCUUCCUCCACUCAUUUCCCUCUCAGCCUCAAACCCACUCCAGACCCAGUUCAGUUCCACCAGCUAAACGACUCCGUCCAAGACAAUCUCGUCGAAAACCUCGAGAAUUCCAUGAAAUUCCAGGCACCCAUCACCGAAUUUCACCUAACUAGGUCUCCAGAAUCGUCCCCAAGAAUCUUCAUCCAAGACCCACCAUGGAUUGCGUCCCUCUUUUUGAAGGGUAUGUUCAAGAAAGCCAAUAAAGAACUGAAACUGGAGUCCAAGGAAAUCGAUAGGAGGAAGUACAAUCUGCUGAGGAGGAGGCAGAUUAAGGCGGAGACGGAGGCGUGGGAGAAGAUGGUGGAUGAGUAUAAGGACUUGGAGAGAGUAAUGCGUGAGAAGAAGCUGGCUCCGAGCCUGCCUUAUGUAAAGGCCUUGUUUUUGGGGUGGUUUGAGCCACUGAGGGAGGCCAUUGCUAAGGAGCAGAAGGCACAGCAAACCAAGAAGCACAAGGCUGCGUUUGCGCCGCACAUUGAUUUGUUGCCCGCGGAUAAGAUGGCCCUGAUUGUAAUGCAUAAGCUGAUGGGGUUGGUGAUGAUGGGGAAUCAAGAUGGGUGUGUUCAGGUGGUUCAGGCUGCCGUGCACAUUGGUAUGGCCAUAGAGCAGGAGGUUCGGAUUCACAGUUUCUUGGAGAAGACCAAAAGUCUUCAGAGAAAGAAGACUGCGGCUGCGGAUGAAGAUGGUCUGAGCAAGGAGAAGGAGAUACUGAGGAAACGUGUUAAUGGUUUGAUUAGAAGGAAAAGACUGGUUGAGGUGCAAAAGCUACUGAAAAAAGAAGAUAUGAAGCCCUGGGGUCGGGAUACACAGGCUAAGCUGGGAAGUCGGCUGAUAGAACUAUUAACAGAAACAGCUCAUGUACAACCUCCGCUUGACCAAUUGGCAGAUGGUCCACCUGAUGUUAGACCUGCAUUUAGGCACAGACUAAAGGCUGCGGCAAAAAGUCCAGGGCAGAAACUUGUAAAGAACUAUGGAGUUAUUGAAUGUGAUCCCCUAGUUCUUACCGGACUUGAUAAAACUGCUAAACAUAUGUUGAUUCCUUAUGUGCCAAUGUUGGUGCCUCCCAAAAGAUGGAAAGGGUAUGACAAGGGUGGGCACUUGUUCCUACCUUCUUAUGUCAUGCGUACCCAUGGAUCUAGGAAGCAGGUAGAUACAAUGAGAAAUAUUCCUGGAAGACAGAUGCAGAAAGUAUUUGAGGCCCUCGAUAUGCUUGGAAGCACCAAAUGGCGGAUUAAUAAAAAGGUUCUUAACGUGGUGGAGAGCAUCUGGGCUAGAGGUGGCAACAUUGCAGGCCUGGUUGAUCGUGAAGAUGUUCCUGUACCAGAGAAACCACCAUCUGAGGAUUUAACAGAAAUUCAGGAAUGGAGAUGGAGUGCAAGAAAAGCAAAGAAGCUUAACCAAGAGAGGCAUUCUCAACGAUGUGACACUGAACUUAAGCUCUCUGUCGCGCGCAGAAUGAAAGACGAGGAAGGCUUUUAUUAUCCCCACAAUCUUGAUUUCCGAGGCCGAGCAUACCCAAUGCAUCCCCAUUUGAAUCAUUUGAGUUCUGAUCUAUGUCGAGGAGUCCUUGAAUUUGCUGAAGGGCGGCCAUUGGGGAAGUCCGGAUUGCGAUGGCUGAAGAUUCAUUUAGCAAACUUGUAUUCAGGUGGUGUUGAAAAGCUUUCAUACGAUGGGCGUAUAGCAUUCGUGGAUAACCACAUUGAUGAUAUAUUUGAUUCAGCAACAAACCCUGUUAAUGGAAAUCGUUGGUGGUUAACUGCUGAAGAUCCUUUACAGUGCCUAGCUGCUUGUAUCAAUCUAUCAGAAGCCUUAAAUAGCCCAUCACCACAUACUGUCAUUUCUCAUUUACCCAUCCAUCAGGAUGGUUCGUGCAAUGGCUUACAGCACUAUGCAGCCUUGGGGAGAGAUACUUUGGAAGCAGCUGCAGUCAACUUAGUUGCUGGAGAGAAACCUGCUGAUGUGUAUUCAGAAAUAGCUGUGAGGGUACAUGACAUUAUGAAGAGAGACAGCGAUAAGGACCCAACUACCAGCCCAAAUGCUUUAUUGGCUAGAGUCUUAGUCGAUCAGAUUGAUCGGAAAUUGGUGAAACAGACUGUGAUGACUUCAGUAUAUGGUGUUACUUACGUUGGGGCGCGUGAACAGAUAAAAAGAAGAUUAGAGGAGAAGGGUCUUAUAACUGAUGAUAGACUAUUGUUCACCGCAGCUUGUUAUGCUGCUAAAGUGACACUGGCUGCCCUUGGAGAGAUUUUCCAAGCUGCACGUGGCAUAAUGAGCUGGCUUGGUGAUUGUGCCAAGGUAAUUGCUUCAGAAAAUCAGCCUGUUCGUUGGACGACUCCUCUAGGUCUUCCUGUUGUGCAACCAUACUGUAAAAGUGAACGACAUCUUAUAAGAACAUCCCUUCAGGUUCUGGCCUUGCAGCGGGAGAGUAACUUGGUAGAUGUAAGGAAACAGAGAACGGCAUUUCCUCCAAAUUUUGUACACUCACUUGAUGGUUCACACAUGAUGAUGACAGCUCUUGCCUGCAGGGAUGCUGGCAUACGCUUUGCAGGGGUGCAUGACUCCUUCUGGACUCAUGCAUGUGACGUGGAUCUAAUGAACCAGAUACUAAGGGAAAACUUUGUGGAGCUCUAUAGCAAGCCGAUACUUGAGAAUUUGCUUAAAAGCUUUCAAGCAGCGUAUCCAGAAUUGUCGUUUCCUCCCCUCCCAGAAAGAGGUGACUUUGACUUGCAAGAGGUUCUAAAAUCUCCAUACUUUUUCAAUUGAAUCUUCACAUAAGCAGCGAUAAUAACCAGCAUGGGGAUAGCAGUCUCACUUAUACCAUAUAUGUCACCCCCAAAUGACCCAGUAGCUUUAUCAAGAGUUCAUCGAGAUAUGGACAUAAGUUGAAAUGGGUAACAGAAGGUUGCUUCUGAGAGAGCUGAUAGGGAAAUGUUUGAUUCCCAAUGCUCUGCAGCAAGUCUGUGAUUGUGAUCAUCUUCACAGGUUCCACAUUUUAGAGGCGAACGAUGUACAGUACGGGAGACUCCUUUUUCUGAAGUUCACGGUUCAAGAUCUAUCUUAAGUGGGAAAUGUUUUUGGAGGCUAGAGGUAUAUAAGCUGGGAAGUGUGUCCUGGCCAUAGGAGCUAAUUUAGCAAGGUUCAUCCGAGUGGUGCGAAAUUCUUGUAUCGGAAUAGAAAGGGUAGAAAGGGAUUGGAACAUGUUAUAUGGCAUACCUGUAGAAUUGUGAAUGGAAAAUUCUUGCAAAUUUUUGCGCAAGAAGUGUAAAGAAAUGAAGGACUUGUAUUGAUGGUUCUGUAUAAAUGUAAACUUUCCAACUUGAAAACAAGAUCCUAAAUGAAGUGCGCUCAUGUGUUGGGGGUUCAGACA